AUGAGUCGUCCAAAAUAUCACAUCGCAUCCCACACGACAAGCCUGAACGAUGAUGAUUGCGAGAUCAUUGUGCGGAGCAACGGAAAGAUAUUUUACCUCCAUAUCUCACCGUCAGACUUUCAGAACCCACCUGCUGCAACAGCGUACUAUCGCGAAUGCCUCGAAGUGAUGAAAACAGGCGAGGAGCUAAUUGAUGGACCCUUAGAGUCCGAUUUCUAUGACUGGAUUAUGCCGCCGUUUGAGACACUCAUCGCAGAUUUGGCGCCCGCUACAGCCUCAGCAUUAGAGAAAGCUAGAGGUGGACGAGCCACUUUGCACGACUACCUAUUUCUCGAGUGGUUCGUCUGCAGGCUCGAGGCUUUCGAUAAGACAUUGCGGUCGCGACGUGUUCAUACGCAGCGUUCAGGCCACAUGCCACCGGGGGUACGCUUGGAUGUUGAGUCCCUCCGUGACUUAGCUACAUGGGCAGUGCCAUUCCACCCGUCUGAAGUCGAACUCAGCUUCGAUCAGCCGGACGAUGCACUCUUUAAACAUCCCGAGAAGGUGCUUGUUCACAAUAGCCAGACGGCGUACUUCUUUAAGCUGUUCCACCCCGGAGCAUUAAGGUCCAGUACGCUGAUCUGUCGAUUGCAUGGUGUUGUACAAGAUGAAGAGGGCUUUCUAAUAGACAUGUUACUCACCUAUAUCGACUAUGAACGUAAAAAGUUAGGGACAGCUAUACGUCCCGACACGCCACUCUCAUUGAGACAGCAUUGGGCAACCCAGGUCACGGAAACACUGACGGGGUUGCAUAGAUCAGGGGUUGUCUGGGGAAAUGCUAAGGUGGAUAACGUCCUUAUUGAUACUGAGAAUAAUGCGUGGAUUGUUGACUUUGGAGGGAGUUAUACUGAAGGAUGGGUUGAUAAAGAGACUUCUGGGACCGUGGAAGGAGACCUGCAGGCUCUGGAGAAGAUCGUGUCUUUCGUCUUGACAUAAUGCUCUCCUAAAUCCCCCCCCGUGAGCGCCUCUAUCAUAGGCGGUGGAAGGCCUGGGAACUUUCACAUUCUAGGGAGGGUUGAAAGUGGAUGUUACGGGUGUUCCCAGAGGCAACGACCCCUACAGCGCCUGCCCGCGUCCGGUGAACUAGCACGGAUAUCAAGCCACAAAAGUCAGCUGCAAAAGAGGGAUAGUCUCGAAAGUAACGUCUCGCAGCACUGUGCUUUUAGCGAAUUCAGCUCAGCCGUG